CUUGACCGCUCGAGGAGCCAGCUGUAUAGUACAGGCUGUUCCCAAAGACGACAAAUUUAUCUCAACUGUUCACGCCUUCAUCCUCGCAAUUCAAGGUAUGCUAUACUUGAAUUUUAAGUCUGAAUAAAUAGUUUUAAUUCACCAUUAAUCGUAAGCGCUCAUAAAUCUAUGUUUCUAAUCUAUAAUAAGUUUAAAACAUCGUUUUUAUGCACUCAGAAGUGGUAAGCUUAGUAAGACAGUACCUGGUACCAUGAUCGCGGACCAUUAUAACUUAACCUUCAGUGAAGCAAAGUUCAGUCACUUGCGCUGACGCAAAAAACGUUUACGUUACCUAAGAUAUGACAUGCAAACUGUCUAGUACAUAAAACUCACCCUGAACUCACCUUCCGAUCUAGUAAGUUCGAUCAUCGUAACUGCUAUCAAUGGUAUAACACGAAUUAAAUCUUCCUUGAUGUUAAACCCGUCCUGUUUUUUAAGAACAGUUUUUUAUUCAGAACGAUUCAAAUCAUUUGAAAAUCGGUUUAGCGAACUAAGAAUCGUUUUAAUUGUACAAAUUGUCGAUCACUGUCUCGGCUCGGGAGGUUAAAGCGGAAAAACUAAACACCUGUAAAGGGUCUAAGGUACUUUGUGGGGAAUCUAAUCUCUGGCUCCAAUUCCCUGUGACACUGAAGACUCGCGUUGUAGAAAUAAACCUAUUUAAUGCCUAUAAAAUCCUGGAAUGUGUAACAAUCAACCGAAAAGAUCUCAGCUACAGCGUACGUGCUCCAGAAAACCUAUCUACUCAUCACAUGAUUCGAAAUUCGAUAGUUCAAUCACUUAGCAACAUGAAAAUAAAAGUAACCAUUUCUUAAGCUGUAAAACAACACGUCACUAUGGAGGCCCGUUCUGGUCAAAAUUAAUAAAAUAAAAUGGCAUCACCAGUGACUUUUUCGGCCAGUGCAGCAUUUAUUAUGGACCUCUUGAGUAUUUUUGUCAUCACUAAACAGGAUUUUUUUAAUUUUUUUUUUAUUUUUUUUCGCUGCAUGAAUUAUUUUUUAAUUAAGGCUGUUUACUUUUUUUAUGUUGUUGUACGAAUAAAUUUUUCAUGCUUACCACAAAUAAUUUUUUAGUGGUACCGCGAAUUAUUUUUAAUACAAGUAUUGAGAAUUAUUUUUUCAUCGUGCUGAUAAUUAUUUUUCGCUGUAUCGCGAAUUCAUUUUUGGUUCUACAAUGCUUUGCGGGCCUUGCAGUUGAAGUGGACUGGUUCGAGUCUUUGACUUCCUUGAGCGACCAUUUUGAAAACUUUGCAAGUGGAGGAGUGUUUUCAAAGAGAAUGCCAAGGCGAAACAUUGUCAGAGAACUGAAACGACAGAGGUUUUCAUCUUUCUUACAAAAUCUGUCAGGAGCUAGUAGUCUGUCGUUAGUGAUGAGGUUUUCUGGAUCGAAGAUUUAAUAGAGGAGACUACGAAGGGACUUCACGACUCGUACACAAUUCUAACCCUUAUGCAGAACAUGACAUGUCUGCCCGAUUGAACUGUUCUUUACCCGGUCUUGUCCUCGAAUCUUCGUCUCGCACUACACAUGCUGGUUUUCGGAACGAAGACGCAGAGAAUGAGAAUGUCCGCUACCCUGAAGUUCAGGAAGAAGCUCCCGAUUCUAAUCCAGACGGGCGAGCACCAGAAGCAGAGCCAGAUGGACUCGAGGGAGAAGACCUAUGCUGAGUGCUAGUUAGAGUAGACCUCACUAAAUGGGAAAUUCGUUUGAUCUAUCUAAUUUUUCAUUAUUGGCUAUACAUCUCAGGUAUCUGACGUUGGACUGACUCAUUCAUCUCCGAAUAUUAAAAACAUAAAAAUCAGGAAUUACUAUACUGCCAUCGUAAAGGCACUCGAGCAAGUUCCCCAUGUUAGUUAGUUAGUGAGGUCUACUCUCACUAGCACUCUGCGAAGGUCAUAUACCUCGAAUCCAUUUGGCUCUGCUAGUUCUUAUGCCCCCCCCCGUCAGGAUUUGACUCGGGAGAUUUUUCCUGAAGUUCAGGGUAGAGGGCAUUCUCUUCCACAGCAAUGACAAUGACAAUGACAAUGCUUUAUUUAUUUGGAGUCUUAUACAGUCCUAUGUACAUUGACUUUAUCCAAAUAAUUUAUAAUCAUAAGACAAAUUGCACACUAGUGGAACUAUAAUCAAUGUUAACCUAAAGAACUAAUGAUCUUCUUUUCUCAUAGCAGUCGAAUACGUAUUUUGCAAUUAACUUUUGCACUGGUUUGUUCUUGCUCAGCAUCUUCCUUUCCGAAAGCCAGCAUGUGUGGUACGGGACGAAGACUCAAGGUGUAAGAUUGGGUAGAGAACUGUUCAAUUGGGGAGACAUGUCAUGUGCAAUAAGCAGGGUGUCCAGCGGCAUGGUUGCUCAAAAAUAUAGGCAAAUAGGAGACUCAGCAUUGAGAAAAUAGGAAAAAUAGGAAACUUUGUAUUAAAAAAUAGGAGAAAAAUGGGAAAAUCAAUAGUACUUUUGUGGACAAAGGUAGCCUCCCUGCACCCCAUCAGGGUUAUAAUAAAUGCCACGAGUCCUCAGAUUCUACGUUCGCAGGAUUGAGAUCAACUUUCGUGGCUAAGAAGGAGUAAAAAUGAUCAGUAACGUUUAGUUUAUUGCCUUAGUUAUGCUAUAAUCAGAAUGAUAUGCUGGACUGCAGGUCAAGCGUGGUUCUAUAAUCAAAGGUGAUCAUAUGCAAAUUCCCCUCAAGUUGGCGGCAAAUCUUUGAAAAGCUUUGAAGAGUGAAAUUUCUUAGUAUAGAAAUUUCUUACGAUUGAGUUGUCAUUGAACAGUAUCGAACUAGAACGUAAAAGUCCUAUGGAAAGCUUUCCUUCCAUUAAUCUGCAAUCGGUAGCUGGUUGAGAAUAUGCUUGUUUGAGUCAAAACACCGCAUAAUUUUAAGUACAAAACCAGGCUUUCUGCGGUGUACGCAAAAUGACACUGAUGUGUUUGGUACCAGAUUGUAAGUUUGUCAUGGUUAAGUUCUAAGAAGAACAUAACACUGCUUAGCUAUGACUGCAAGACCGGUUUUGCAACCAAAAUAUUGGAUCCUUCAUCAGUUGCUUAGGUAUAGCUGUUAACAAGGGCUCACCAAGAGAGCUGGCGCCGUACACUAAACUUUAGUCUGUUCUUUUCAUGUAGCAUCCAGAAUCAGCUAGUGAUCAUGAUUGCUUUUUAAAAACAAGAUGCUGAUUGGAUUGGCCUGUGUUGUGAGAGGACAACUUGAUCCUGUUUUCAGUUUCAAAGAUGAACAUAAAAGUGAGCAAGACUUCAAAAUAAAAUAUAACAUGUACAGAUACUGAAAUGCAGUUUCAGUGGGCUAUACACAAUAUUAUUCAAUAGUCAGGGGGAGAACUAUAACACUACAUACAAUACAUGUACAUGAAGGUUAACAAAAAUGUUAACAGAACUCUAACAGGCAAUAGAGGUCAUGCAAAGAACAAACGUAACUGUUAUUUUUACUAAUAUUAGAAUAUCAAAGUCAACAUACUACUUGCUUUAUGAUAAAUUUCACUCAAAAACACAUACAAUUAUAAUUUCAUUUUCAAUUUUGUUAGCCUUCACCGGCUAAAAUAUAGGAAAAAUAUGAGGUUUUAGUUUAAAAAUAGGAGAAAAUAGGAAUAGGCUCAAAAAAUAGGAAAAAAUAGGAACUGGACACCCUGAAUAAGGGUUAGAAUUGUGUACGAGUCGUGAAGUCCCUUCGUAGUCUCCUCUAUUAAAUCUUCGGUCCAGAAAACCUCAUCACGAACGGCAAAGACUACUGGCUCCUGAUAGAUUUUGUAAGAAAGAUGAAAACCUCUUUUGUUUCUUUCCCUGACAAUGUUUCGCCUUGGCAUUCUCUUUCAAAGCACUCCUCCACUUCAAAGUUUUCAAAAUGGUCGCCCAAGGAAGUCAAAGACUCGAACCAGUCCACUUCAACUGCAAGGCCCGCAAAGCAUUGUAGGCCCAAAAAUAAAUUCGCGAUACAGCGAAAAAUAAUUAUCAGCACGAUGAAAAAAUAAUUCUCAAUACUUGUAUUAAAAAUAAUUCGCGGUACCACCAAAAAAUUAUUUGUGGUACGCAUGAAAAGUUUAUUCAUACAACAACAUAAAAAAAGUAAACAGCCUUAACAAAAAAUAAUUCAUGCAGCUGAAAAAAAGUAACAACACACUAAAAAAAUCCUGUGUAGUGAUGACAAAAAUACACAAUGGGUCCAUAAUAAAUGCUGCACUGGCCGAAAAAGUCACUUGUGAUGCCAUUUUAUUAUAUUAAUUUUGACCAGAACGGGCCUCCAUACGUCACGCAGUCAAAACAUUUCUUACCAGUUCGGGAGUAUGCCAGUUUUGGAAGAAGCGAAAACAAUGGUCUACGUCACCAACCAUAACAUGAUCACCAUGGCGAUGGCCAUUUUCAAAACAUCCAAAAUGGCAGACAAGGGAGAGGAAAGAGUAUUGACAGAAAUUCUCGUUUAUUCUUGUUUCAUCGACCCUUUUAUUUGUCUUCUCCUUACUAUGAAUUGGGAAGUACCUUGAGGACAAGGAGUAACCAUUCUUGCGCUAUAGUUCUUCGCUUAUUGCGCGCUUUGUAGGCACUUCGUACUCACUGCGUAUGUAAUCAGUACAUCGAAAAUAGGUAAGCACGCUAACAGGUUUGUGCCUAUUUCUUUCAUUAAUUUUUUCUAUUAUAAGAAAAAAGAAUGCUUUGGAAACAACUAAAAAAGGGAGUUGUUCUAUAAUUUAUUUCCUUAUGUUUGCAAAGAGUAAGUUUUACCAUAAUUUUUCCCGUUGCUUCUGUUUCUCUCUCGGGGAGUGAGCAACUUGCCGGAGAAGACGGCUGUAAUUCAGGUUAUUGUUUUGGUGUAAGCGAGUCAUUUGUGAGUAAAAUAUCUGUUUUUUUCUAAUAUGAUGUUCUGUUGGUGUAUGUCCUGAAGCGGUUCCGUCCAGGUAUACAACAGGUUUACAAGGGAUUUCUGAGGGUAUUGUGUCCGUGUUUUCUUCUUGAAAACCCACAAAGUGAAAAUCUUGCUUAUCAUCCCUGAUAAUUUUUUCUUUGUCCCGCUUCAAAAAAACCUACUGCUUUCAAUUAUUCCACUGUCUGAAGUUCACGGAUUAUUUGCUCAAGCUUAACAAAUGCAAGAGACUCUUUAGAAUUUAAUAUACAUAUUGGAAAACUAAGAAUGCCUGUUGUUUUUGGAUAUAUUGAUUAAAAUGGCUUACUAUAGUCUUGUAGUCCACCGGAUUUGACCAGAGGUCAGAUAUCAACAGGGUUAUGGGUUGUUGUAAAGUAUCCUCUUAUAUGGGAUUUGAUGUAUAUCCGAAUAAUACUAAAUUAUUGUUUUUAACUCUGGGGUUGCCUUCAAACCAAAGGCAUUGUAACUUUGAGGAGCACUUUUCUCCAAGUCUUCUCUGUGGGGACCCUCAAACAAUUCUAUUAGACAAGGUUUGGCCCAAAAUAAUAAUGAUUGCUGCACUUGGCAUGGACACAACAUAAGUUUUCCAAAGUUCUUUUACAUAGUUCUCCAUGGUUCUAUUGAACAGCACUUUCAAGAAAACAAAGCUCACACAUCAGAGUAAAGAUACAAUUAUAAAAGUUAUUAAUUUUAUAGUUACAUUUUGUUUUUUGUAAAUAAACAUUUUAUUUCUGGUCCUGACAUAAACUACGAGCAAGGGAGCUAUGCAAGUCACGCAGACCAUCAGCAAAAAUAAAGUAAAAAGCUGCGAAUUUUACAGAUUAUGAUUAAGCAUUCUUUUUACUGAUUAGGGUUUAGGUUGGGGUGAGGGUUAUGAUUAAGUGCUGUUUAGGGUUAAACACUUAUUCACCAUGGUUAGCUUUCAGUUAAUUCUUUUGGUAUUACUGUUUUUGAUUUUUAUGUAUUGUUUUCAAUAAGUCGUAUCUGACCUGCAUGACUCGCUGCCAUGGCUCGCUCGCUCGCAUAUUAUACACAGUCUUAUAUCUCAAAAUCUUGUUUUUUUUAACAACUUCUUGGACAUGAAAACCAAAAACCAAAGCUUAAUUGAUAUAAUGAAGACAGUAGCAGCUGACAUAGGUCUUCAAUAGUUAUCUUGUGAGAUGUCUCUCAUGUAUUAUUUAUUAGGGAGGAUGAUUUGUUGAAGACGAUACAUUAAUAUAGAUGCUUUUUCAUCGAGAGAAUCUCAAUAAUUUAGGAUUUAUUCAAAUACAAACAUAUUCAAUAUUAUGACAUAAAAUGUGGGCUUAUUGCUCAUGCAAAGGUAUUGAUGGGGGAGAGUGUGGCAUUUUUCCUGUUUCAGAUUGAUCUUUGCACAGCACAGGGACUGAACAUAUUAUGUAUUUGGCAUUUGUAAAGUAUAAACAAUAUUAUAUUGACGCAAGGGAUUGAACAUUAUGUGGAGAAAAUCUUCACAAGCCUCCACUUCCAUGACUCCUUCCUCAUCUAUCUCCUUUAAAGCCCCUUGAAUAAGGGCCACAGUCUCUUCUAUGGUUGAAUGGCCAUUGAGUGUGAGCUUCCACUCACAAGGUAUAUAAGCCCCCCCCUCCAACCUGUUUCCCUCUUACCCAUUUUUGAGAGGGAGGAGGGGCUUUUGUGGUGGUAGGUAAGCCUGUGACCACACUACAAAGAAACAAAAACACAUGUUUGAUUUUACUGAAGUAGGGUUGAAUUUGGACAAUAAAUUUUUUAUUACAGAGUAACAUGAGGCGAAUCUAAAGCAACAUUUUGCCCUCAGAACACAAAUAUGUCGUUCUGAAGAUAUUUAACAUUUGUCUUCCUCGUUCGUUUUCCCAGCUUUUUGGCACAAACGCGACAACAUGUUUGUAAUAUGUCCAGACGUUUGUCUACAUUUUGGACGGACAUCCUGAUCAAAAUAUAAGAAAUCAAUAUAAGAACCUACUCACACUGAUUUAAAACUCAUUCCACACACAUGAUCUGGACCAAUAAAGUGAUUUCUAGAUCAGAGUCGCAUACAUUGCCGGUGAACACAACCAAAAACAGACUUGAUCGCUUAUAACUAAAAAUCCAUGGACAGACUAAGGCAUACCCAUCAAUAUAGUAACCCUUCCUGUCCGUUGGCAAUUUUCAAUGUGUGGUUACCAUUUUUACCAGGUUGUUACCAUCGAUGAAACUUUGCCUGAACCCCGGGGGGGGGGGGCACUGCCAUAUAUGGGCUAUAUAGGUAUGUGCCGCUGUGAAGGGUAUGGUUUUCAAGCAGUUUACUCUAGGAUAGGGUAUAUAAAUCAGAGCGUUUGGGUCUAGAAUAGGGUAUUAUUUUUCAGGAAACUAAUCAGUUGGUUGAAGAUUUUAUCUAGACUAGGGAAACAGCUACUCUAGGAUAGGGGGGAUUUGGGAGUUUACUCUAGUAUAGGGUAGCAAAAUUCAGCUGAACUAGCUCUGGUAUAGGUUAAGGGUUCCAGGGUCCCAGCGGCACAUCCCCACCCAGAAAUUCCUAAAGUACCCCCCCCCUGGCCUGAACACACCUUACACGUUGUAGUUUUGAGGAAAAUUAGUCUUGAUUUCGUAAAAAUUCGACAAGAUACUGAAAACUAAACAUAAAGGCAUGUACUUACAUUCGAUGCCCGUCAAUAUGGCGGCGACGUCUUCGAACGCUGUUUGAUAACUGUCGAUUUUAACUACCGUAAUGUGGCACGAAACUGCUCUUGACAUUCAAAAAGCAAGGAAAAGGCUUCUUGAUCAGCACUGCUAGCUCGGAAGUCCCGGAUAUUGAACGAGUGGACCUGGAACAGGCUUUGAAAAAAGCUCCCUUGUAGUCCGGGGCCAUUUAUAAUCCCGUGGGCAUUUCAUGAACAUUUUAGUUUCUUUGAAGAAAUCUAUAGUUUAAGAGGUGUUGAAUCGUAAAAAAAGUUGUCUGCAAUUUUUUCAAAGUCAUUUAAGAUUAAUUUAUGCAAAUUAGAUUUUUGACCCACAAAUCACCGGGUACCCGAGUCGGGCUUUGUUAUACAUGUCCCAAAAUGCUCCCAUAAUGCACAAAACUGUGCAUACGUUCGCUUUUAAGUCUGUUCUAUCAUGUAAAGCCUCUGCAAUCCCUUUUCCACAGUUUUAGAAUUAUGACAAAAGUCUACUGUCAUUGCUGUACAAAUGUUAAUGUUCCGUUAAGGAAUGCUUAAUUACAAAGUAUAAAUGACUUAGCAUUAAGCAAAGCAUUUCCUUGUCCAAUAGUACUUAAAUAUCAUGGUCUGAGUUCCAACCUAGCAGAUGGGCCUAUAUAUGAAGGUCCUCGUCGUCACUAAUAUCCUCUGUUAUAUGCUCAACUGUAUCAGUGUUACUGCUUCUGUUCGUACAUUUGACUUCGCAUGAACCACACAUAUCAGUGCAUUUUAGGUUGUAUUUCCUGCACGAACAGCUCAUUGUGAUGCAGAUUCCUUUGCAUCCACACUUGAUCAACUGCAGUACGGCCUUAGGUGCAGGUGGGAGUGUGGUUGGAACCGGCCGCAGUCUAUCCCCAUCUUGUUGCCAUUCGUGUAAUAUCGGGCUAGGAAUGCUGGGAUUUGGGUUGUCGCAAGACUUCCAAACCAAUGCAACGAGAUUAGCACGUAUUGUCAUCUGGUGUAGAGCCCCUUUAGUAGGGGGCAGCUGUUCAUCUACGUGUUGUUUCUUGCUAAAGAGCAGCCAUCGAACCUCUCCUAUGGUUCUUAGCUGUGUCGAUGGGAUGUACAACUGGCAGACAAAGCGCUCUAGCGUCAUGUAUAUAUCAUCUGGGAUGGUGUCGGUGGUUCCCAGGCUGGAAAAGGCAUCGCGGACUGAUCGUUCGGCUUUCUUUAGUGUAUUCCAACAAGACACCUUGCUUUUUCCACUGAUAGUGCCUGUCUGAUCACUUCCUGAAAAAGCCUGAAAGCCAGGUGAAGCCUUCACAAGUUCUUCUCCUACCGCCUCGUAGAGUGGGCCUAGUGGAAUACUUCUUCGUUUUCCUCCUGUUCCAACAAUCACUGUAGUGUCUGGACAAAGUCUCUUGUAAACCCAGAGCGUCAGAACGAGUACGUCUGUAUCUGGACUCUGAAUGGUUAUGGACGUUACUCUUCUGUGUGGCGUCUAGAGCAUGUAACAGCAUACGAGUGUCUGCUUCCUUCUGCUCGCUCCUUAAAUGCUGAAUCGGUAGGCUAUUAGAAGCCAUACAGUCACCGUUAGAGGUUACUACAUACGUCGUCUGUGAGUCUUUCUUGCACUCGAUAAGUUGUGUUGCAAGGAAGAUAGCCAAUGUCUCCUUAUUCUGGCUGCAGCUCAAAAGAUCCUUCAUCGUGAUCUUGUCAAUAACAGCAUCCACAGUAAUCUUGUAUACCACUGCUCUGCUUGUGCCCGUUCGUUCCUGGCGCGUUCCUUCCUUUAAGGAGUUUGGGAUAUCGUAGCGGUCAAAUACAACAUGCACCUCGGUGGCACCUUCAGACUUAGAAUCAAUGACUUCUGUGAAAUGGCUUGCUAGGUCACGCCCAUUUCUUACCCACGGUGGCUUUCCCAUUGCCUGAACGACGGCCGUGACAUCAAUAAUGACCACUUGCCUACUGGAGGGAUCUGCAGAGUGAGGUUGUACUGUAGACGUUUGUGGUUGCUGUUGGGCCGGUAAAAGGCUUUCCAGGAUGUUCAUCAGCUUGCUCUUGGUAGCACAGUGUCACAAACUGCCAUCAGAGAAGAAGAGUGCUCUUGGAUACUCGGCUAACUCAAAGUUACUGAUGGUUUCCUUUAUGUGAAGAUCAGGCCUUGAGAGAAUGACGACUAAGAAGCGUGCGAAGAGAGCUCUAUCAUCCUUUUAAGGGUGCGACGCCACAAGUUGUCUUGUUCUUCUUAAAGUUUGUUUGCCAAGCAGACUUCCAUGACUUCAGAUUUCCUUUUUCAUGGGGCUCCAAACACUUAACUUGGCCUCGACGAUUCUCUCUUGAGCAAAUGUGUCAGACAACGCCUGGCCGAUCUUAUCUCGUGUUAGGACUCCCUCCUUGAUGUAAUCUGGCAUAACUGCUUUCGUGAUGAUGUUCACCAGAUGACGUUCCUCUGUCGCGAAAGGGUCACUCACUUUGAGCACAUUCUUCAGCUUCUGUACAUUUUCAUUAUAGCUAUUUGUUAUCUCAUCGCUUAAAUCGUGAUGAUGCGAUGGUGAAGCUCUUUGUACCCCCAGCAUGUGCUCAGCUUGUGUCGCAAGUUCACUUAGUUCUGGCGCUACAAGGAACCAUCUUGCCAUGGCUGCUGGUUGCUGUGUUAGACCUUUCAGCCCUCCCCGAAUCUUCAUCAACUUGUUGACGUGUUCCAUAGCGUGGUCCGGUCCAAUUGCACAGAAAGGGAUGAUGUUCAUCGCAACGGAUGCUUGUAUUACACUAUCGUAUACAGUUUUGUGCUCGGCAUUACUUUUAGCACUUUUACUCUUCAAAAACGCCUCCAUAUGCAAAUCACUCAAGGCAGAGUACUUUAUGCUGUGAGCUGUGAGAGCGCGCUUCAUAUGAUUUCCUUCAAGAAUCUGUCGCGUUGUGGUUGAACCAUACAGCCCCGCCUCUAUCCAUCCCUCGUCAAAGCCACUGCCAUCGAUUGAUGCCCCAAGAGCGCGCAAAGAAGCCAUUAUCGUGUGCAUCUCGCCAAUUCGGAAAACCAGGUGGUCUAAGUCUGGGCCCUUGUGCAUCUGGAGUUUCAUAGCCUUCUGCUAUCAGGGGCACCCAACGAGAAUAUAGUUCAAAACCACUUAAACAUAGCAUUGUUAAACGUAUUUUAGUAUUUAAACGGUAGAUAUAGGCAUAUUUUUAUCACCUAAAAAUUUUUCAUCUGUUCGGAUUUCCUAGCUGAAAGUCUAGUGAUCCGAAAAUUAUAGGGAUCAAAACUUACCUUUUCGAAAAUUUCAGCCAGAAAAGAGGCUCCCGAAAAUUCUAGGUGACCUUUUUAGGGUAAAAAUUCGUUAAAAAUAGGCAAUUAUACCAUUUUUUAGAUGUUCGAAAAUCCUAGGAGAGGCAGGCAAGCAAGAAAUUUUACAAUAAAUGUUUCGAAAAUUCUAGAUCUCAAAUCGUCUUCCGAACAGAUAUUCUUCCGAAAAUUGUCGUUGGGUGCCCCUGUGCUAUAGCUGGAGGUCAAUCGUAAUGACACUCUUGUGGUUUUCUCCCAUAACCACAGCCGUGAUCUUCUGUGCCUGCAUUAGUACUGUGAGCAUCGUGCUCCACUCAUACCCCGGAAAGUCUUAUUCACAAAUAAACGCAUUUAAAGCAACAAGCGAACAUAAUUGUAUAUAUAUAUAUAUAUUCUAGGCCCUGAACAAGGUAUAAAACUAAUUUAUUUUAAUGAUUCUAUUGUUUUAUUGUGGCAAGGUGAUAAUAAUAAAUGAAUAAAACUUCAUAUCUUCUCGGGAAAUUGGAAACACAGAUGCCCAACUCGAGACAGCGCCCUUAGAAAUGGGCUCACUUCAUUUAAGACCAAAGAAGAAUUAUAAGUUACACUAGACAUUUCUGGAUAAUUUCAAAGCCAAAUAAUAACAAUGCAUUGAUUUCCAGAUAAUUCGUGUACACAGUAGUAAUCGUCAGGUAAAUAUGCUUUCGCACAGUAAUACCAAACAAGAAAGGAAGGAUAACCUGCAUAAACAAAUAAGGUGUUGAGUUCUAAACCACAGGAAGACCAUCAAAACGCAUGCCUUGUCUUACUAGAUUCAGACAGGAUUAUAAUUAUUUAUUACCUGGAGUUUAAGAGUCGACCAAAACAUUAAAAGAAAACUCUAAAAAGGUCCAGAAUUAGACUCUUAAAUUCAAUGGGGAUUCAUUCAAGAUAUGUAGUAAAUAACUGGAGUAAAGCUAUUGACCAAGUAAAGAACAAGUGUUGCUAAAGUAAAACCUCGUGUUAUUAUCCUUUUAACAUCCGUUCUAUUCGUUUAGUCCUUGAAACAGUCAAAAUGUGAUUUCACUGCAGUUUUAAAUGCAUUUUAUUCAAUUCAACAAGUUCCGAAUCAUACUAAAGACAUUUCCUUGUCAGUCCUCAACUGCAAAAUGACGUCAUAUCUAAUUUGCAUAAAACAGGCCUACAUAGCUUUCAAAACAUUGCAGACAACGUUUUGUCGAUUCAAUACCAUUUAAACUAGAAGUUUCCGUAAAGAAACUAAAAUGUUCAUAAAAUGCCCACGAGAAUGAUUAUUCCGACACAUGGCCCCGGACUAUUGUUUUUGGCGAUUAUUUUUUCCCAUUUUUGCGUAUUUUUAGCAGAACAAUGGAAUCAUGACGUCAUCGCUUCUUCCAAAACUGGCAUACUCCCGAACUGCUUACACAUACUUGGGAUCUUUCCGUCUGCUACCUUAUUCUCCUUAAUUUUCGCGGGUUUCACGGGUUUAAAAAAAUUCGCGAACUUAAAGACCCGCGAAAAAUAACGACCGCGAACUUUGAUCUCGCGAAAUUUAAUUAAUGGACAUAGAAAAUCAUGUAUUUGAGUUUUCAAGGGUCCUAAACAAUUUUUAACAUAAGGUGUUAGUACAAGGAGCUAUCAUCUAUCAACUUUAGAUGUUAAUUUUUAAAAUUUUUCAAACUAAACUAGUGAGCAGCACUCUGCGAACUGUUGCUGUAAAACUUGUUUAUUACUUAUUUUAGCUAAAACCGUGGCCUCAAAGUUUUCUCACGCCUUGCGUAAAAAAAUUUCACAGCUGCGCCUGUUCCUUUUCGUAAAUCCGGCCAAACCUUCAAUGUUUGCGACCAUCAUUAGUUUUAGUCAUAUUAUGGCUUAAAUACAGGCCUUUAGUACUUGAUUGUAAAACUCCCUGAAGAAGUCUACGUUAGUUAGACGAAACGCGUAGGAGAAUAAACAAGUUUUACAGCAACAGUUCGCAGGGUGCUACUCACUAGUUUAGUUUUAAAAAAUUUAAAAAUUGUCACAUCACUAAAGGGUGGGAAAAGGCUGGCAUCGCCCAACUAUUAGAUGAAUCGUUUAGUCUUCCCCGUGAGGAUCCAUUUGAAGAGACUGAAGGUUCUGUUGAGAUCUCCUAGAAAGGACAUGUAACGAUACUCUCGAUACUCCAUGACGACUCGGAAGAACAAGAAGACUUUUUUUAUUACUGUAAGACUGACUUUUAGAGGAAUACGGCUGCCGCUAAGGGACAGCAUAUUGGUUUUGUUUCAACUGUUGAUUAACGUACAAUUUUUGUAAAAAAGAAAAAUAAAGUAACUUAAGCGUCAAUUUAGCGAAAUUAAAUUCCCUGCAAACACAAUUUUUCUCCGCGAUCGCGAAAUUAAAGAUACGCGAAAUGUGCCGAGAAAAUUUUCGCGAAAUUUAAGUCUCGCGAAAAUAAAGGAGAAUAAGGUAUUUUCGCGCACUCUCUUGAAUUUUCAUGGAAAUUUCUCUAAUAGCAGUCGCCUCGAGGAGAGCCUCUGAAACAUCUCCAGAGACCACCCACAUAGCAGGAAUUUCUUAACAAAAUCUUUGCUCUGCCCGUCACGCUGCUGUGCGCAUCACAGCGUUCGACAGAACUAAAACGCUUCAGUGGCUUCCAAAAAGGUUGAAAUAUGCUUUGUGAGCAGGGGGACAUUUUUCACUCGCGCUUGGGUUUUUCGCUCGCCCAACCAUCCACGAGGAAAAUGAGGGACUACAGUAAAAACCUGCGACUAAGAACAAGGUUUUAAAGAACCUGUUACGCUAAAAUUUGCCAGUUAAGCCCCAAGAAUCUGUCAAGCCUAAAAUUUAAAACAGGUUCUUAUUUUCUAAAAUAUAUAGAAAAAUUCUAAACACUUGGGCAAAUAAGAUACGUCAACAUUCAGGAUCCUCUUUGGUGACAUAGGUGCCUUAGUACUCCAAUUGCAAUUGUAAUGGUAUACAGGUUUUACCUAAGGAAUGAGCUGAAUACCACUAAAUACUCUUAGCUACAAGUAUUUUUUCUUCAGAAAACCUAUUUAAGAAGCUAAAUAGCCUAAAUUUGUGCUAAACUUGGGAAAAUGCAGAUUCUUAGGCACGGGUUUUUAUUGUACUCGUAAUGUAGGAAUGCGUUAUAUUAAAUUUGGAAUUUAAAUUUUAAGAUGGUUGUGUACUUUCUUAGCUUGUUACGAGAUUGUAAUUGUUUGCUUGAAACAAACGGUGGGAAGGGAGGGAAAAAGAAAACAAGAAAGAAAGAAAGAAGAAAAAGCAUUAAAUCGAGUCGACUGAUAAUUCAAGACCAGACAGUGCUGUAAAUGACCAUAACUUUUGAGAUAAACUUCCUUCCGUGCAAGAUAGAAGAUAGAGUCCUUGAUAAGCUGUAUAACAGUUCCUUUCCGUACUAGACACUGAAGAUCUGAUCUGAACGAAACAGAAUUCCUUUUAGUUGCAUCACGUGUUCAUGUGGAUGUGUCCAGCCCAGAGAGGAUAAAGGGGACAGAGAAGGCAUCCCGCAUACACACCCUAUUCCAUAUUGGGAUAUUAGAAUUGGGACUGAAAGUUACCUCGCGCGCUGCGUGGAUGUUUCGUGGAGGUUUCGCAUGACUAAACGCCGUGCAAAACAUAUCGGGCGAAGGGCAAUGAAAGCGUAAAGAGAUCGAGAGCAUUCCUGAAUAUUGAAGCGAAAUGAAUCGGCGCUCACCUGGGAAAAGGGAAUCGCUGGACUCUUUGACAACCCGUGAAAUCAGUUUAACUCGAAGUUGUCGUAACCUCAGUGCGUUAAUAAAAUGAGAAAUUUCGCCGGUCUAUUGAAACCCGGUCGUUUGUAUAAUAAAGCAAGUAGGACGCCAAGUGUUAUUUUUGUUGAAUAAUAAAAGGCUAAUAAAAGAAUAAAUAUCAAACCAGAAUUUGCAUUCUUCAAACUGUAAAUUAUAAAUGAUCCUGAGAGAAUAUUCAGUGUGUGAAGGAUUUCCCUGCUGUACUGUUAGCUCUAUACAAGAGAGGAAGGGCGAUUCUUUUUUAAUUUCCGUUUCGCUGACACAGCUUAGCAGAAAUCUCUCUUUAGUCGUUUUCGUCGCCAAAACAAAUAGCAAUAUCGCUCUCCGCGUCCUCCGCCAUUUUUUUCUGCGUCAAUUUGUGAAGGACGCGUGGCUCUGAGCGUGGGUCAUCCACGUGGAACACAUUCGCACUAUGUGAUUGGCUGUUGACUAAUCUCCCUUGGGAUCUAUGGUCUUAAAAUAAGUCGAGACGAAUUACCUAUGGAGUAGGGUGUGGAUGGGGGAUGCCUUCUCUGUCCCCUUUAUCUUCUCUUGGUCCAGCCCUAUCUCGUUCACAACAGGUAGUUGUGUUUCCCGUUUCAAGUAGUAAUGCACAAACUUCACAAGAAGCUAUCAUUCACUCUAAAAAGUUGUUUUUCAACGUUAAUAUUGUGAAUUUAGGCCUAGUAAUCAAUAACCUAAGGGAAAGAACGAUACAAUUUGUUCUACAUUCAUGUACAAAUUGCCUGCUUUUAAGUACAUAACUGACAAGUUUGUGUCAUUAUUAGCUUUCCAAAACCAAAAUAUUAUAUCUGUGAGGCAGACGAUCAUGGCAUGAAAAAUAGAACUCACACUCAAUCUCAUACUUGUAGCCCAAUCCUAGCAAGGGCAAUAUGCGUUACUUUUCAAAGUCAAAAAAUGAAAUAACGUACCUCUUUUAUUUACCAGAUGUUUUUUUUGAUAAUACUUUUGUAUCAAAUUAUAUGGCCACCGGAGCCACAAGAGCCACCGGAGCCACCGGCGCCUCCGGAGCCACAACUGAGAUACAAGUUCAAGUUUGAGAAGCGCGGACUUCAAGGAAAUGAGUUCGAGGACUGCCUUACGUCAAAAAUCGACAAACUGCUAACACGCGUAAAUGUAGAUGGAAUCAAGACUCUGAAAGAUAAUGUAAUUAAAGCUGUUCGAAGAGACGUUUGUUAUCGAGAAAAUUUAUCAAACUCACAUCUAGAUAAACGAUCCCCAAGAGCAAAUAAUAAUGCGAAGCAGAGGGGAGUCUUGCGAAACAACGACGACACUCCAAUGAAGCACAAGGUAGUUCAAGUUGGACGAGGAGGACAAAAUUAUAACAACUUUUUGGGGCAAACGUACCAUGAAAUUCAGCACAAUUUGUUUGCAAAUCAUUUGCUAAAAAUUGACGAGUCUCCUUCAUUGACGAAUCUCCUUCAUGGAAUAAACGUUAAUCCAGAUGAAAAUCGGAAAGGAUACCUUAUUCGCGCAGAUGGUGUAGAGCUGAGCAGUAUAGAGUUCUGCAACGUCAUCGACGAAAUUUCUAUUUUCUUUCUUCAAAAACUUGGAGGACUUAGGCCAAGGCAGCGUGUGAUACUUAGUAACCAGUGGAGAAAUACAUUAGAAUCAGUGUAUGAAUAUUGCUUGGAUAUAUUGGUGUACAGAAACGCGAUGGACUGGUCCAUUGACAAUGACCUCAUGUCGCGAAACUAUAAUGUUUGGAAAGAUCACGUGAUGGUAAUGAUUUCAUUUGCAGCUUUAAUGGCCGUUACUGAAAUGUUGCGUAAAAAAAGUGCACCAUGAAAAAAUUGGUUUUCGAUUUUCUGGAAAUUUCGAUAUCCAAUCGGAUUUAUUCUCGUUUUAGCUUUUUCAUAUCUAUAUAUCAGGCAGGAUACGAUUCGUAUGUUACUUUCAAAAAUUUCGCAUUUUCUGAACCGGGGUUAUCCCUAGAUAAUAGUUUUCUGCGAGUUAUUCAAAUGAAGUUGUACUUCCGUACAUCUGCUCAUAGCAAGCACGGGCGAUUACAAUAGGCGAAUUUUAGUCAAACGAAUAUUUAAGUAGUUUCUCUGAAUUUCGGUUCCUGAAACCUUAAACAGUAGUAGCGAUGGAGCAGAUGGAGUCGGAGUCGUAAUCAGCGUUUUCUAGCCCGCGUAGCUGGCGUCGAAAGGGGUAGG